AUGCCAACUAAAAAGAAGGAUAAAUUGAGAUGGCAGCGCAGCGCAAAAACCUCCUUGUAUUUUUUACUCUACCGAUUGUUGCACGUCUUAGGCUGCUUCUUCAUGCUGAUCAUCUCUCUAGGAAAUAUUGGCAGGGAUACAAAGCCUUUGCAUUACCAUUUAAAAUAUCCAUGUUAUUUAACUCAUUGGGGAAUUGUCUUAUGUGAUAUUCAGUCUGUUUUGGCACUAAUUCUCGUCGGCCGCCGUUUGCAUCUGGAUCGGCAAUUUGGAAAUAAUGCUGCUGAUCGUCAUUUACAAAAUCCAGUUAAAAUGAACUGCUUGACCAAGACAUAUUGGCUUACAAAUACUUUGGCGACAGUCUCAUCAAUUAUUAUAACAUGUUGCUAUUGGAGUUUGAUUUUUGAUGCAAAUCGAUGUAGAGCAAAGAAACUCGCAGAAUUGCUGUACAUAAAUUUACAUCCUGAUCUUACGGCUGAUCUGCUGGAUCCGCGCCUAGAAGAAACUACUUGCGAAGAUGACAGUCUAGAUUUUAUAACAGUUACAAUUCAUAUAUUCAAUUUUAUAUUGAUGAUGAUUGAUUUCAUCGUGGUGGCACAUCCCUUCCGCUUCCUUCAUAUAUUUUGGUCGAUGUUGAUGGCCGCUGUAUAUGAAUUGUUUAGUUGGGUUUACUUCAUGGCAGGAGGAACAGGAAGGGAACUCCUACCAUUUCUUUAUCCGACUUUGGACUGGAGGAAGCCAUUUAUAUCUCUUGGAUAUUGUGCUGUCGGAAUAUUGACCUAUGCCAUGGUACACAUCCUUGUAUUCUUCAUGUCGUGGACAAAAAGAAAACUGUACAUUAAAAUUGUACAACCACCAUCACCAAAUCCUAUACAAUCUUCGUUGCUGUCCAUAAAUGCCAUGAUUUGA